CACAGUUUCAUUUGGAUUCUAUUCGGGAACUACUGACAGUAGUAACGGCGUAAACUACCACGAACCGGCCAUCGCCUUGAACAGUAUCCAUUUGGACAAGACAAUCAGAACCAUGUGUGGGAUCUUUGCCUACCUGAAUUACUGUGUGCCUCGCACCAGAAAGGAGAUAUUUGAGACGCUGGUGAAGGGACUGCGGAGGCUGGAGUACAGAGGCUAUGAUUCAGCAGGCAUCGCUGUGGACGGCAACAAGAAGACAACGACAGAAGACAACAGCAACAUUGUUCUCAUCAAGAAGAAAGGCAAAGUGAAGGCCCUGGAUGAAGAGCUCUACAAGAAAGACGGCAUGGAUCUGGAGGUGGAGUUGGACACACACUUUGGCAUUGCUCACACACGCUGGGCCACACACGGUGAACCCAGUGCCCUCAACAGCCAUCCCCAGCGCUCCGACAAGAACAACGAGUUUGUUGUCAUCCACAAUGGUAUCAUCACCAACUACAAAGAGUUAAAGAAGUACCUGAACUCCAAGGGCUACGAGUUUGAGUCUGAGACGGACACAGAGGUCAUCCCUAAACUGAUCAAAUAUGUUUACGACAACCGUGAGAGAGACGACUUGUCCUUCUCUACUCUGGUGGAGAGGGUCGUUCAACAGCUGGAGGGGGCCUUCGCCCUGGUGUUCAAAAGCCAUUAUUUCCCCGGAGAGGCUGUAGCCACCAGGAGAGGAAGUCCUCUUCUCAUUGGUGUGCGGAGCAAGUAUGAGCUUUCUGCAGAGCACAUCCCUAUCCAGUACAACAGUGCACCGUACUACUCUGUCCUGAGGGACUGUGCAGUCACCCCAGUGUUUACAGAGCGACAGAGGGCUGCUGAGCCCGUAGGUCUGUUCAAGGAGGGGGUCCAGGAUAAGAACAGCCACAACCGGCCAGACAAGCCAAACAACUCCACUGCUGUGAAUUCAGCUGGAGACGACAAGGCUGUGGAGUACUACUUUGCCUCCGACGCCAGUGCCAUCAUAGAGCACACCAACAAGGUGAUCUACCUGGAGGAUGAUGACAUUGCAGCAGUGGUCGGGGGCAAGUUGUCCCUCCAUAGGCUGAACAGCCUGGCAGGGGAGGAUUCAGUUCGGGCAAUCCAGACCCUCCAGAUGGAACUACAGGAGAUCAUGAAAGGUAACUUUGAGGCAUUUAUGCAAAAGGAGAUCUUUGAGCAGCCAGAGUCUGUCUUCAACACCAUGAGGGGGCGGAUCUGUUUUCACACCAACAAAGUGAUCCUGGGGGGGCUGAAGGACCACCUGAAGGAGAUCAAACGCUGCAGACGCCUCAUCAUGAUUGGCUGUGGAACCAGCUUCCACGCUGCCGUGGCUACCAGACAGAUUCUGGAGGAGCUGACAGAGCUUCCUGUCAUGGUGGAACUGGCUAGUGACUUCCUGGACCGCAACACACCCGUCUUCAGAGAUGACGUCUGCUUCUACAUCAGCCAAUCAGGUGAGACAGCAGACACUCUGAUGGCUCUGAGGUACUGUAAGGAUAGAGGAGCUCUGACCGUGGGGGUCACCAACACAGUGGGCUCCUCCAUCUCCAGAGACACAGACUGCGGGGUGCACAUCAACGCCGGUCCAGAGAUCGGGGUGGCCAGCACCAAGGCCUACACCAGCCAGUUUGUGGCUCUCAUCAUGUUUGGUCUGAUGAUGAGUGAGGACAGGAUCUCCCUGCAGCCGAGGAGGCUGGAGAUCAUCAAUGGACUCAGGAUUCUCCCAGACAUGAUCAAGAAGGUUCUGACUCUGGAUAAUAAGAUCAAGUCCAUAGCAGAUGAGCUAUAUCAGCAGAAGUCUCUGCUGGUCAUGGGACGAGGCUUCAACUACGCCACCUGUCUGGAGGGGGCACUGAAAAUCAAGGAAAUCACGUACAUGCAUUCAGAGGGCAUCCUGGCUGGGGAGCUUAAGCACGGUCCUCUGGCUCUGAUUGACAAGCACAUGCCGGUCAUCAUGAUCAUCAUGAAAGACGCCUGCUACACCAAGUGUCAGAAUGCUCUGCAGCAGGUCACAGCCAGAUCGGGGCGGCCGAUUAUCCUGUGUUGCCAGGACGACCAGGAGAUGUCUGAAAAUGCGUAUAAGACCAUUGAGCUGCCUCACACAGUGGACUGUCUCCAGGGCAUCCUCAGUGUCAUCCCUCUGCAGCUCCUGUCCUUCCACCUGGCCGUGCUGCGGGGAUACGACGUGGACUGUCCCAGGAACCUGGCCAAGUCUGUCACUGUGGAGUAAUAGCAGACAGACAGACAGGAGGCAGUAGAGACCAUAACACUGCUUUGCCUCUGUUCAAGAGAGAGACUGAGUGGAGGCGUACACAUCAAAGUGCAAUUGUGUGUGUGUGUGUGUGUGUGUGUGUGUGUGUGUGUGUGUGUGUGUGUGUGUGUGUGUGUGUGUGUGUGUGUGUGUGUGUGUGUGUGUGUGUGUGUGUGUGUGUGUGUGUGUGUGUGUGUAAAUCUCACGAGUGUUUGACCAUCUGUCCAAUCAGCAGCAUUAUCACCAAUAAUGUUUCCAAAGCAAGAGACUAUACACUACUGUAUGCACUGUGCCUUGUACCCAAUUGGUGCCUUGUCCACAAACAGUUGAGCCAAAAACACCAAAUGUAGGAAUAAUGCAUUGACUUGGUAGAUUGAAGUGCUUAUAACUGUGCAAUAUGUGAAAAAGUGCAUUAUGAAUGUUUAUGAUAAUAUUUUCUUCAUCUGUAUUGGGCUCUCUGUCCUGUGGCAGUCUAUUAUCUUCACUUUGUAUCUUGGGAAGUGUAGUCUAUUCCAUAGCAUUCCUUUAUACAGAAUAGCCUAUUGAGCCCCACAGUGGAGGUGUUAUAAUAUCCAUAAAACAUAGUGGUCAAACAGGGAAAUGGUUCCAAUCGUUUUUCCACCAUUAAUUUUUCCCAUAGGGGAAAAAUAAGGGCUGUGUUUCAUGUAGGCUUACCCUGGUGUGAUGUUUUAAUAAUCAUGUAAAUCUCUCUCAGCGAAGGUGACUUUUAUCAAUAUAUUCGGCUCUAUUAACUCUCAGAUUCGAAAAUGCUAAUUAGCAUUAAAGUAUACUACAAAUCCCUGCAAGCUCCUGCAUGUCAUCUCAACUAACAGGUAUUAUAUCAAUAAAAAAAUUAAUUGCACAAGACAUUUCACAGAAUUGUCAAUUUAAAGAAAUGUUGCCAAUUUAUUCAUUACUAAAUUUAGCUAAGAUUCGGCAGUCUCGUCCAGAUCAUCAUGGUAUUUGUAUUUUUUUUUAUAGCCACAUUAGCAGCUAAUUAGCAUUUCAUUUGGGUGGGGUAAAUACAGGCUAAGAUAUUGAUAAAAGUCACCUUGUCCUAGAGAGAUUUACAUGGUUAUCAAAAUGUCACACCAGGGGAAGCCUACACGAAACACAGACCUUAUUUAUUUAUUUUUUCUAAAAUCCCCUAUGGGGAAAAUUAAUGGUGGAAAAACGAUUGGAACCAUUUCUUUGUUUGACCGCUAGGUUUUAUGGGUAUUACGACUCAUACUGUGGUACUCCAAAGCUAGCACAUUGUAAGGGACUAUCCAGAAAGCGCUAUUGAUGUACAAUGUAUGUACAAUCAUAACACUUAUGGUGUUAUGAUGUACACACUUUGCUUUGAUGUACUGGAUACAGCCUCUAUUCAUUGUGCCUUAUAGCCCUUUUUAAUCCUUCUGAGUGAAUCUUUUACUCAUGAGGGGAUUACUCUGAAUCUACACUCCAAUCUGUUGAAAAGGGCUGGAUGAUAUUGCUACAGUUUAGUCUCUCAAGACACCAUGAUAAUUCUACUUAAUUUAAUUCACUAUCCUUUCAUGAAUCCUUAUUCUGUGUCGAGUCGUUGUGUAGCGGUCAUCAUCACAAUCUUAUUCUAUUUUCUGUUAUGCAGCUUUGUGAGGGACAUCUGUCACAUUCUCUGAAGAUUGUCUGCGCUUCAUUGUCUUAUUUAUCCCAUGUAUGAUGGCCACUUUCUUUUAUAUUGUAUUUCAUCUCCCAUAAUGCCAGUGUUGACCUAACUAUUAUUUUCUUGAGGCACUACCUUGACAUCUCAUUGGAAAAGUGAUAUCCAGAAGAAAAGGAGCAAUAUAAUAUGAAUUGUAGUUUUGGCAGUUUCACUACGUGUACUGUAUAGGGUAAAACAUGUUAGAUGUACUGCAGUCGGUGUAUUUAUCAGGUUAUUUUAUGACAAUUAAAGAAAGUGAUGCUGAUUUAUCACUUUAACUAUGAUUGUAUUUUAUACCGUAGGUUUCAUAGCAACCAGAUAUUCUAUUAAUGAAUGAAUAAAGGAAACUUUAGGUGAAAAUGGAAA